AUUAAUAAAAGUAAAAUAGUUCUUUUAUAUGAGAUUUAAAGAUCAAAUUAAAAUAGUCCUUACUCAUAUCUUCCAUUUUUGUUCAAUGAAAGUGGAGGAGCAUGAGAAUUCCAGAGGCAGAGGCAGCGGCAGCCACCCAAAUGACAUCGGAGCUGCUUUUCUCUUGGCCAUCGUCACAUCUCUGCAGCUGCAUUUGGCUGUAGACGCCCUCGGCUCAGCCUCCACCGUCGCCGUGGCGUAUGGAACCGCCACCGUCUGCGGCAUUACUGCAGGAAACCAAAACCAGAGAAUUCAAUGCUACAAAGGAAAUGGAGUGAUCUCCAUUCUACCCCAUGUCUCCUUUGAAGCCAUCUCCGGUGGGAAGAGCUUCUUCUGCGGUCUCCGAACUGGAGGGCAUAGUCUUCAUUGCUGGGAGACCGAUGCCGGGUUUUCGAAUCACAGUUUCCAACCUAAACGUAUUUACUAUAGCACCAGAUUCCCAUUGACUGAUCUCGCCGUCGGCGAUGCUCAAGUUUGUGCAAGAGAGGUUGGCUCCGGCAGAGGCAGAUGCUGGAGGGGACUAGACAAAGGUGGGUCUUUAUUUCCUUCGCCUGAUGCAGCAUUGAAGUUUCAGACAAUCACAUCUGGAAGUGGGUUUUCAUGUGGGAUUCUUAAGAACAACAGAUCCGUAUGGUGUUGGGGGAGCAAUGGAAUUGGCUCAAAGAUUCAAUCUCAGUUCAGGAAUCUGUCAAUGGUGAGCUUAGUAGCCGGAGAGUCUCAUGUCUGCGGGUUGACGGCGUCGGGCGGUGCUUUAGUAUGCAAGGGAAACAACGGCGCAGGCCAAUUGGAGGUUCCUCCCAAUUCAGCUCAUGAAUACUCAGCCCUUGCAUUGGGGGCGAGCUUCACCUGUGGAAUAAGGCAAAAGAAUGGAGUGGUUUCAUGUUGGGGUGGAGGAGCAGAAGAACUCAACAUUCAAAACAAGAGCAAUGGCAGCGUUUCAUUCGAGCUAAUAACAGCAGGAUCAAGCAUGCUAUGUGGGUUGAAGACAAGUAAUUUGACAAUAAUGUGCUGGUUCAAGGCCAAUAGAUACUCACCGGCUGUUCUUCCAUUGGGGAUGAUAAUCCCUGGCCCUUGUGUUCAAGAUCCUUGCAGCCUCUGCGGCGUCUAUCCAAAUUCAGCGUUUCUCUGUGAUGGGUCUGGAAAUAUUUGCAAAUCCUGCCAGGAAGAGCUCCCAUUUGCAGUGCUGUUGCCAAAGAAUCCAAAAUCUUCACCAAAAAAGGCCAGAAACGGGCUCACCGUGGCGUUUCUGAUAGUUGGAGCAAUUGGGGGUUUAGCCGGAGCUUGCACCAUUUUGUUCUGCAUAUCAAACUGUUUAGCUGCAUCAGAUCAUCAAGAGCUGAACAUAAAUCCUUCCUCCGGUCGGUCAUUUUCUCUAACGGAGCUUGCUGCUGCAACAAGCAAUUUCUCCACUGAAAACAAGAUAGGAGCAGGGAGCUUCGGAGUGGUAUACAAAGGCGAGCUAUCGGAUGGAACUGAGGUAGCUAUCAAAAGAGGAGAAACCAAGAGCAACGAGAAACAAAACGCAUUUAGUUCAGAACUAGCAGCGCUAUUGCGGCUUAAUCACAAACACCUUGUGGGCAUGGUGGGUUACUGCCAAGAAAACGAUGAGUGGCUUCUAGUUUAUGAAUACAUGCCAAAUGGUUCCCUCCAUGACCAUUUACACAACAAAGAUUACGAGGUAACAGUACUAAAUACAUGGAAAAUGAGAAUCAAAAUCGCAUUAGACGCAGCCAGAGGAAUCGAGUACCUUCACAAUUACGCAGUCCCGCCGAUAAUCCACCGGGAUAUUAAGUCCUCUAACAUCCUUCUGGACAGGAAUUUCACAGCGAAAGUGUCCGAUUUCGGAUUCUCAUUGAUGCGACAUCCGGGAACUUCAAUGGAAAGCGCCGUCGGGGGUACGAUUGGGUACAUCGAUCCGGAGUAUCACGUAUCGAAGAUUUCGACGGCGAAAAGCGAUGUGUACGGGCUAGGGAUUGUACUGCUGGAGAUUUUGACGGGGAAGAAGGCGGUGUUCAGAGAUGGCGGGGGUGAAGGUGUGGUGACGGUGGCGGAAUUUGCAGUGGCGCGAAUUGGGAGCGGCGAGGUUUGGAAUGUGGUGGAUAAGAGGGUUAGAGCGGCGGAGAUGAAGGAAGUAGAGGCGGUGGAGAUGGUGGCGUAUACGGCGGUGCAGUGUGUGAAUUUGGAGGGAGAAGAGAGGCCGAGCAUUACCGACAUUGUUGGGAAUUUGGAGAAAGCUCUUGCUCUCUGUAAUGGCGGCGAACUCUGUGACAGUCUCUAAUUCUCCAUUUUCUUUCGUAAUAUUUCCGAGUUAAUUAAAAAAACUUCUAAAUCGAUAA